AACAACCGCGGCUUAGUCUCAGUAAAGUAGGCGCUGAAACAGGUCGCGUUCGGCAAAAACCGCGUGCGUGCUAAACAGUGGGUUUUUCGUGAACUUGGGCGAAAAGCGCGGGUGAUUUGAAUAUUUCGCGAUCGGCGCACAAAAGUGUUGUAAUGUUUUGAUCCCAUCGGGAGCUGUUGGUUAGUUAUUUGGAGGAAGUUCAAUAACUUUCAAAUCGGAAUCAGUUAAGCGAUCGGUUUAGUGCCUGAAAUCUCACGUGCGGGCUGCUAUUAGCAUCUUAAUGCUAUACCUUUGGUGUUGAUCAUCCAACGAUUAGCCGGUACUGCCUUUUAUCUCUGUGGCGAUUGAAAACGUGCGUGAAUUGUUGCUGCUGAAGGCAGAUAGCUGAUUUAAUCUGUAGUUUUUGUUAAUAGCUUCAAGGCAGAGCCCCGAUGCGGUGGUACUUUCCAUGGAAAUCGGAUGUCCACGGCCAUGUGACCAUGCUCUUCUAUUACGGCGCUCUACUACUGGCAUUGCUUCUUCCGGUGGCGACCAGCUUCGAACGACCAGAGGAAGUUGAUGUGCAAAAAGGUGAAGCAGAUUAUUCAAGCUAUUUUGAUUCAAAAUAUGUAUCCGGCCAUCACGCAACCGGGGGCUCGAGGAAAAACAAAUCGUAUAAAUCAUCUGUCCCCAAAAAGAACGUGGAAACCGAUGAUGGACUGGGUAUAACGUUGAAAAAAUCAAUCUAUGACAAAAAAUAUUUCGAUUAUCUGCCAUCGGAGCCGGAGGGUUCUCGAAGCUCGGCGUUCCAGCAGCGUCGUUCCAACAGCAAACGGAUCCGUCGGAGCAGCCUUGAUGGAGGAAGUGCCCCGGUUCAAGCCUCGCCGGUUGCUGCUAUUGCUUCUGCUGAUGGAGCGCAUGUUAGACAACAGCUCCGAACCAAAAGACAACCGGCAGGAAUCUGGUACGUCCAGCAACAACCGGCGAUUCCGUUCCCUUAUCCGAUCCAGCCUCCGGGACAGUUUGCCCUCUACGAUCAAGGUGUCAGGGCUCCGAUCAACCCGUUCGCCAUAAGCAAUCGGCAAAACAUCGAUAGUCAAUACCUGCCACCACCGAAUACAUAUCUUCCGGCAGCGAAUCCACAACAGCGACCCCAGCAGGUGCCCGGAGGUGUCGGCAACAGAGGCACAUUUGACGAUCAACGAUUCAUCUUCGAUCAUGUCUAUGACCCCAGCCGAUUCCAGUACUUCAAUAAUGACGGAACAUUCAAUGCUGGCUCGAGACCUGGUGGAAGCGGAUUUGCAGGAGGCUCUACAUCCAGACCGGUCCCAGCUGCUCCCACGACUGAACGUCCGAGUGUGUUCCAGAGACCAUCACCCGCACCCUCACCGCCAAGUCCUUCUCCAGCAAGGCCAUCGAUUACAUCGGUAACUACCAGACCGACAUCAACUCCAGGUCCAUCGACGUUCAACCCAGCCACACCGGCAACUUCCGGUCCUGGUGCUGGAACGACGGGUACCACUGAAGGAUCCAGAACUACCACCGCACCACCCCCGGUUUUGUUCCACAACAGUGACGACGAUUACGAUUGGUCCAGUCUGGGGCUUUCCAAUCCACUUGAUGGUGGAUUUGGAAAUCGAUUGGGAGGAGACAGUGGCGGAACAAACUCGGCCGGAGGAGCAGAAGGAGGAGGACGUCGGAAACCAUCCAAUUGCACGUGGGCCAUUGCCAACUGUUGCAGUCACAAUUCAGACAAGAUUCGGUACUACUGCUUCGAGCAGAACCAGUGCUUCGGUGCAUUCUGGGGAGAGAACGUCUGCCGGCAGUACUUCCAGCUGGCGCUCAAAGAAAUCGAGAAUUACUAUAACGUCUAAUAUUCCCACUCCUUGUCUCGUCUCGGAAUUGCCCGGAGCAGUUUAGUGACGGUAUGGUUCUACUUUUGCAGCGAGAUUCUUUUGUAUCCUAUCUUCCCAUUGUAAAUCAAAGUUGUCAACGUCAGACCCGUUUAUUUGUGUGAGCUUGCAGCAGCCAAAGGGAGAUGAAAUUCAUGUACCUAACUAUCUACUCUAGCAUGCAAGAUAGAAAUAGCAACAGUUUUCUGUUACGACACUGAUAUCGAAGGCUUUUUGUAAUCUAUCAAUAAUACAAUGACUAUUCUAUUUAAUGUGUAUUUAAACUCAAACGGUUACAGUUGUAUACAUGUAUUCAACCUUUGAUAAAAUAAAAAUUGUAAAAUAUG